CUCAGGUUUCUGCGGCAUUGGCUAUAUUUAUCUCUGGUUCCAUGCCAGCAGGGAGGGUUUAAAUGGCACCCAGCAGUUGGCGUGAGGGGCUGCAGGAGCUUGGGGGCCAGUGGCAGGAACAAGGCUUUUCCGACCCCAUGGAGCUCUAUGAGACAUCCCCCUACUUCUACCAGGAACCCCACUUCUAUGACGGGGAGAACUACCUGCCCGUCCACCUCCAGGCCUUCGAGCCGCCAGGCUACGAGCGGACUGAGCUCAGCCUGAGCCCCGAGGCCCGAGGGCCCCUCGAGGACAAGGGGCUGGGGACCCCCGAGCACUGCCUGGGCCAGUGCCUGCCGUGGGCGUGCAAGGUGUGUAAGAGGAAGUCAGUGUCAGUGGACCGGCGGCGUGCGGCCACACUGAGGGAGAAGCGCAGGCUCAAGAAGGUGAAUGAGGCCUUCGAGGCCCUGAAGAGGAGCACCCUGCUCAACCCCAACCAGCGGCUGCCCAAGGUGGAGAUCCUGCGCAGCGCCAUCCAGUACAUCGAGCGCCUGCAGGCCCUGCUCAGCUCCCUCAACCAGGAAGAGCGGGACCUCCGCUACCGAGGCGGGGGCGGGCCCCAGCCAGGGGUGCCCAGUGAAUGCAGCUCCCACAGCGCCUCCUGCAGUCCAGAGUGGGGCAGCACACUGGAGUUUGGCCCCAACACAGGGGAUCACCUGCUCACGGCUGACCCUACGGAUGCUCACAACCUGCACUCUCUCACCUCCAUUGUGGACAGCAUCACCGUGGAAGAUGUCUCUGUGGCCUUUCCCGAUGAAACCAUACCUAACUGA